UUAUUACUAUAAAUGUCCACCUUUGACCAGCCCAUACCAGUAGGCGGCUGAAUGUGAAAGUGAAUGUCAUGUUGAUUUAAUGUUUAGUGUAGACGUAAAUCUUGUUCUGUUUUGUCAGAUCGCUUAUAAAGAUGUUGAUUUAACCAGUUGAGUCUUAUGGAUUAGUUUUAUGCUGCCUUUCUAUCCUUUUUGCACCUUCUGAUUUCUGGUCACCAUUCACUUGCAUUGUGUGGACCUACAGAACAUAUAUCGCAAAACGCACGUGGAGGACUCAAAUAAUAUGUGCAUGUAGCCUAUGGUUUAAAUAUAAUUUAAAUGAGGUGCAUGGAUUUCCCCUGCCCCCUUCGGCAUAUCUCGGCACCGUUUGACGGCCGGCCCACCAGGAAAAGUCCCGGUUCUCCCUAUGGCCAGUCCACCCCGAUUCCAGUCAUAACAUUAACCCAAUAACAGCCGUUUAAUUUUACAAGGAGCAGAUCGUCCCCUCAUGGGCACUGCCAUGUUGAUGGCACAUGACAACCUGUGUCAUGCAAUUGAGUUACUACAACUAAUGAUGGCAAUAUAAGCAAACCAAACAAUAAUAAAAACAACACAAUAUAUACAUAUUAUAAACAACAAUGGAGCACAAGUCAACAGUCCAGUCCAGAGACCGGUUGCACAAAGCCAGUUUCCAUGGCUACCCAGCCCCUGUGCAGUCUUAUCAGCCUGUCUCCCCUGGGCAGCCCAGAUGGAUACCCAGCCAGAAUGAGGAACCAGAAUCCCUUGAAGAGAUCCAGCUGGACCAGAGCCAAUGUGAACAACAUCCACACAUAAAACCAGAACUUGAGAACUCUGCCAACAAUUACCAAGAGUCUGCAGCUAAUGACAACGAGGACUCGCAGUGUGCCGAUCUCACUGAAACAAGUCCUGUUGAUAAUGAAAUGAUAAACUGUAAUUUUUCAACCAAAGUUAAAGCUGAAUUCAUAAACUCUGACUUGUGUUCACAUGAUGCUGAUAGGAGCAUUGAAGAUCCAUAUCAGAGUUGGUCACCACAUAGUCCAGGCCUGCCUUUAGGUACAGCGGACCUCUACAGAGUUCAUAACCCGAAUCAGCCAACAGUCAAUACCAAUGAAGCUCCGCCCACAGGAUCCCCGCAUAGUGGUUUAUCUCAAGAUUCUCAUUACUUUUCAUAUCACAGCAUAUUAUGUACCAACAGUUCCUACUGUAACAGUAAAUGCUGUGAAAUGCAAAAGAGGACAAUAGCCAAAUCAAGCCCUGUAUGGAGGUAUUUCUCUCUGAAAGAGGGAGAUUGUAGCAAAGCAGUGUGUCUUAUGUGUAAAGCCAUCAUAUCCCGUGGUCGAAAAGAGUACACAACAUCUGCUCUUUUAAAGCACCUUCGCAUGAAACAUGGUAAAUGUUGACAUUGGAAUUUACCCUCUGAUGUAUUUUAUGGGCUCUAUUAAAUUCAGCAGCAGCUCAGUCUGUUCAACUACCUUUAUAAAGGUUACAUUCGUCUUCCAUUGUGUUAUUCCUGCAGGAACUGUACUAAUCUUUCAAUGUGAUAAGAGUAACAGCUGAGGACUGAGAGACCGCUAAACCGGAUACUGGCCGUUGUGCAUCACUGCUUUGAUCCUCAGCGAGAUGCAUUGUGUGGUAUACAUUAUAGUGUAUCACAUAACAUAUUUUAUAUAGAGGCUGUUUAACCUUCAGUUUAAUGAUGGUUUACUAUACCAGUUGUUUAAGAACCAACCCCAAAUGGACUGGGCUGAGAAAAGUAGUCAGAGACCUUGCAGCUCUUGUGCACAGGUCACCCUUUGCCCACUGGUUACAGUUACAAACAUAGCCUAAAAUACAUCUACAGCUUGGCACACCUUUGUAAGGUUUUCUUCAUAUUUGAGCUCACUAGUGAGACUUGAUGCAUGGUUUUUGUAUUCUCUCAAAAUGAGAAUGUGAGAAACAUCUAACAAGAUAGGAAAUUAUUAAUAUUAGGAAAGAAUGUGAUCUCAGUAAUUUUGACCGUGGCAUGAUUGUUGGUGCCAGACGGGCUGGUUUGAGUAUUUCUGUAACUGCUGAUCUCUUGGGAUUGUUACACACAACAGUCUCUAAAAUUUACUCCGAAUGGUGUGAAAAACUA